AUGCUUUUCAUCAAUACACUUGUCGAAGGAAAAAUCCCAGUCAAAGCAUUAAUAGAUACGUUGUCGAAGUUUAAUAUCGUCAGCAGGAGCUUGUUCGAUAGGCUUGGAACAGAUCAUGUAAUAGCUCCAACUUGUGAUCCGGUUAAAAACCUUUAUAAAGACGCAAUAGGUGGAAUAGAUUGCUUAGAUUUACAAUUCUACCAUAAAGGAAAAUGGCGAAGUUUGGAUGGUACCGAUCUAAUAGACUUCGAGAUUCGCAAGAAUCCAACAUUUGAUCUGGUAUUGGGGCAAGAAUGGUUGUGGGCACAUGAAGUAAAGAUGAGUUUUAAUCCUGAUACUAAUAUUGAAAUAGAUGGUAUGAGUAUCCCAUUAAUCGAAGAAGAUAGCAGACCCACAGGCGACUCUCCGAGUCAUAAAGCCAGCUCCACAAAAAAUAACUUAUCUAAAUCAACAGAAUCUAAACCUGGUCUAGCUCAAGAGGAGAAGAUUAAAUGA